AUGGAAGCUCACAAGCCGUCAACGAUCUCUGCGCCCACCAUAGUCAUUCACUUCAUAACGCCGAGAAAAGUGGAAAGAUCGAAAGUUAAAGCGAAAGCUGCAGCUACAGCUGCUAUAGAAGAACUGCAAAAGAACGUAGAAGAAGGCGAACGACGAAUUGCAGAAACGAGGAGCUUGAAGCAAACAAAAGAAGAAAUGCCAAAUAAGCGUGUGGAACUCAACAGACGUGCUCGAGCAGUCAAUGAAAAACGAGCGCUCAUAAUUAAUCAUCGGCAAGGUAGACUUGAAUAUUUUACUUUCGUGAAAAGAGGGGGAGUCCAAUCCAUGCAAAAUUAA